AUGAUCACAAUCCAGAGCAAGGUGGGGGAAUUUUCCACCAUCUUUGCCCCUCAGAGUGAUAAUACCCAGAUGAUUCUGGACAUUUUUGACGCCCUGACUACUAUUUUCGGCUUUGGAGUUUCAGGAAUUUUCAAUAUUGUUGAAAAGGAUAUUGCGAAGGUCGCCUCGAAUAUCGUUUCUAGCCGCCGUGGAAGCAUUAGCUCUAUCAGCUCCGGAAGAUCUGGCAGCUCUGUCAGUUCUGGUAGUUCUGGUAGCUCUGUCGGCUCUAGUAACUCUGGAAGCAGUUAUCACACUGCAGACGACAACCCAACAUGGUGGAAAGGAAAAGAAGUGGAUAGAACCACUAAUUUCCAGACAAGAGAGCUGGGUUUCGAUGCUCACGGCUAUGCUUACGACAUGUCAUACCAACUUCUUGCCAUCACGGCUGGCUGGACCAGAGACAAUGCCCCUAAGGUUCAUGAUAAACUCGAAGCUCAGAACUCUUUGAGCUCCGCUCUCGGUGAUCUUUUCACAGGCUGGAAGGAUCUGGAGGUCUCUUAUCUCAAAAGUGUCUUUUCGGGUGACGCAUCAUCACAGAGCGACCUUCAAACCCUCAUCGAAAAUGGCAAGAUGAACUUUAUGCCAAACCAUCUAGACCAAGACGCGAUGGCAAAAGAGUUGGAGUCGGUACUUUAUGGUCAACUGAUGCCUACUGCCUGGAAGACUGCCUCUGAUGGCGUAGGCGCCCAUCCAUUUAUCUUGAAGACGGAUAUCAGCUGUGACAAUCGCGCCGCUCGGAUUCCUGAGUUCUACGACUACGGCAUCAUGUCUGACGUGGACUCUGCCAAGACACGCGUAUGCUGGAGGGAAAAGCUGGUUUUCCUGGUGAACGCCAAUGAGUGGAACUUCUUCAGUCAAGUCCACUUCACGCCUCUGCCCGGCGCGGAUAGCAUCACCCUCUCCGGAGAUAAAUGGGGAAACAUCACCCUUGAGGACAUUGUUUCCAGCGCAAUCACCGGAUAUGAGGGAAGAGGCAACAGCCAGAACGGCUACAAAUCGCCCGGCAUGGAUGAUAUCGUGAACGAUCCCGAAGCUGGCAAGUAUGGAAAGCGUGUCCGCUAUCCUGGCUUCUUCAACAUCCCUGUAUGCGAGAGCCUGGGCCAGGCCAAGGCCGCCAUCGUUGCCAACCACCAUGCAAACUCCCCAUACUGGCCUUGCGCGGAUCCUCCUAACUUCAACGAGAAAGGAACUAAAAUUCAUGUGAACAAGGGAUACAUUACCAUCAAUGAGGACAAGGUUGUCUGCGACUCGUACAAAAUUCCCGAUCCAGGAUAUGGCGAGACACUCAGUGCAACCUUCUAUGGACGAUUUGAUGGAAGCAAUACUGCCGACACUACCGUUCAGGCAAAGUGCAAGGUUACUGCCACCUGGCCUAAGUCCUUCGGUGAUAUCUACUACGGAGAGGACAACUGCGUGUAUGACAGCGAGUCCAAACCCAUCAACGACAAAGAUGGCAACCACGCGUGCUGCAACGAGAGCGAUGACCUUACCGAGAAGGUCAGCAACCCAUACAUGGUUGGAGCUCAGUGCCAGCAUUAA